AUGUUUCUGUUUCAGUACUAUUCUCUGAUUUAGCUAUUAAAAAAAAAAGCAAUAUGGCUGAUUCUAGAAAGCGAAAAAAUAAAGCUUAUUAUAAGAGUAGCUGGAAGAAAGGUAAUUGGGCAGAAGAGCUGAAACCAAACAUUCAAGGGUUUAUAAUUACAUGCAACUGUAAUGAAAAACAAACUGUUCAGGAAUGUUAUCGUCUAUUAAAUGAGUAUGCAGAAAAAAGAUAUGGACCUGAGGUCUGUGAAGAAACCAAUGAAAGUUAUGAAGAUAUUGAUGUGGAUAAAGCCCUAAAAAAAGAAGUAGAUGAAAUUAAAAAAAUGAAAGAUACACAACGAAGGUUUACAAGUGUGAAAAAUAAAGCAAAGAAUGUUAUCUUUAUAAAAACUACAUUGCCCGAUCCUUCUCAAUUAUCAUUUGAUAUUUAUAGUGAUAUUUUAUCAAGUCAGGUAAGAAAAACUAAGUUUUGUUUGCGGCUUCUUCCAGUUGUAAAAACAUGUUAUGCAAAAUUUGAUCAAAUUAUUGCUGCUGCAACACCCCUUAUUGAAAAGUUUUUUCACCAAAGUAAAAGUCCUUUUACCUUUUGCAUUAUGUGGAAAGUUCGCUGCAAUAACUUGUUGAAGAAAGAAGAAGUAGUGAGCAGACUAGUAGAAAUCAUUUUCUCUGAAGAACGAGGCCAUACUACAGAUUACAACGCUCCAAAGUAUGUUUUCAAUUUAGAUAUUAUUGGUAAUGUCUGUUGUUUUGGUUUUUUAGAAGAUUAUUUUAAAUUUAAAAAAUACAACCUUGACUUGAUUGUUACUGAAAAAUCAAACAAUUUGGAAAAAACUUUAAAAGAUGCUGAUAAUUUACCCCAAAUUGUACAAGGAACUUGUAAUAAAGAAAGUCAAGUUUCUGCUGAACCAGCUCUGACUUUAGAAGCUACCAUUUCAGAAAAUGUAGAUUCAAUAUCACUUGAUCACAAUGAAGAACAGGAUUCAAAUACUUCUCUUCAAAGCCAAGUCAACUGUGAAAACAAUGAAACUUCUUAAUCAUAGUUUCUUUGAUAUGUUUAGCUACGUGUUUUAAAUAAAAAGUUCUAAAUUA